AUGCCCUCCCUCGGCUUCCUCAAAAAGAGACGCACAAAGGGCUCCACGUCCGAGACCUCAUCUUCGCAUGCACACAAGCACCAGCAGCAGCAGUCUGGCACCGGCGCGGAUCGAUCGGGUGUCGCUGGUGGAGAGGCACGAGGAGGACAGCUGCAGCAGCAGCAACAGGCUGCAGCAAUCAGCGGGGCUCCUUUGUCUGACCAGCCUUCCCCCCACGUUGCAACCACGAACACGUCCGAGCAACGCUCUGCAACGGCAGCGCAUUCAACCUCGUGGGCUCAAUCCGACCCAUCAUCUCGGGAAGCAGGAUCAGGAGCAGGAGGGGCAGCCGAGAAUGACGGUCUCGCCUCUGUCAAUCACAGCAACAACGCCAGCACACCUUCGCUAGCCAGAGCCAUCGCCGAGACCAACACCCCCGGAAGCACGGCUAGUCCUGGGACGGAUCCGAACGCGAUGCAACAGCAACAGCAGGCCGCCCGUCCUCUCCCGCCUAAUCCUCCUCCUCGACAGCAGCAGCAGCAGUCAAGCAUGCAGCAAACUACAGCCAUGGGUGCAGUGGGAGCGGGCCACCAGCAACAGCAACAGCAACAGCAACAGCAACAGCAACAGCAACAGUACCAGCACCAGCACAACCAUCAGCACCAGUACAACCAUCAGUACCAAUCGAGCCAAAGUUCGACGGCCCGUAUAACAAAGGGAAAGUAUACCCUGGCCGAUUUCGAGAUCCUUCGAACAUUGGGUACCGGUAGCUUCGGCCGCGUCCACCUCGUCCAGUCCAAGCACAACCAGCGCUUCUACGCGAUCAAGGUGCUCAAAAAGGUCCAGGUCAUCAAGAUGAAGCAGGUCGAGCACACCAAUGACGAGCGGCGCAUGCUCAGCGACGUGAAGCACCCCUUUCUCGUCACCCUCUGGGGCACGUUUCAGGAUUGGAAGAAUCUAUACAUGGUCAUGGACUUUGUAGAGGGUGGAGAGCUGUUUUCCCUCUUGCGCAAGUCGGGGCGCUUCCCAAACCCCGUCGCUAAAUUCUACGCUGCCGAAGUCACCCUCGCACUCGAGUACCUCCACUCCAAAAAUAUCAUAUACCGAGACCUCAAACCAGAGAACCUUCUCCUCGACCGGCACGGCCACCUCAAGAUUACCGAUUUCGGGUUCGCCAAGCGGGUCCCGGACAAGACUUGGACUCUGUGUGGUACCCCGGAUUACCUGGCGCCCGAGGUUGUGUCCAACAAGGGUUACAAUAAGUCGGUAGACUGGUGGUCCCUUGGUAUCCUCAUCUACGAAAUGCUCUGUGGAUACACUCCCUUCUGGGACUCUGGCUCGCCCAUGCGCAUCUACGAGAACAUCCUCAAGGGCAGGAUCAAGUACCCUGCCUACAUCGCCCCCGAAGCGCACGACCUCCUCCAGAGGCUCAUCACGGCCGACCUCACCAAGCGCCUGGGCAACCUGUAUGGCGGGUCUGCCGACGUCAAGAAUCACCCGUGGUUCCACGAAGUCACAUGGGACCGGUUGGCCCGCAAGGAUAUAGAUGCUCCGUACACGCCGUCGGUCAAGGCGGGGAUGGGUGACGCCAGCCAGUUUGACAAUUACCCCGAGGAGCAGGAGAAGUAUGGACUUACCGAUGGGAAUGACGAGUAUGGACAUUUGUUUACCGAGUUUUGA